GCGGUGCUGUGAUGGCUUAUAUAAGUGGUCCCAACCCGCGCGCAAGAAGCCAGCGGUCAAACGCAGUCACCGUGUUCUUCUGCUUCUCACCUCUCUUCUUUACUUGGGCUUCAUUCUCAUCACAAUACUCAUUAUACACCUUUUUGUUUUCUAACGCUCCUUGUAAUUGUUGAAUUUCAUCGCGGCUAGCGCGCAGGCUUGCCUCCGUCUUCCAUUAGUCCGAAUAAUCUGACCGCUCACAGCCCAGCAACAUUCAUGUCGUCCCAAAACCCGAUUCGCAGAAAACUGGUCAUCGUCGGUGACGGUGCUUGUGGGAAGACCUCCCUACUAUGCUCUUUUGCGCUGGGAGAAUUUCCAAAGGAAUAUCAACCGACUAUAUUUGAAAAUUAUGUUGCGGAAAUCAGGCUAGAUGGUAAACCUGUGCAAUUGGCACUUUGGGAUACUGCAGGGCAGGAAGAGUAUGAACGUUUACGACCACUGUCCUACUCCAAGUCACAUGUUAUUUUAAUUGCUUUCGCUAUCGACACCCCAGAUUCUCUGGAUAACGUAUCUGUAAAAUGGAUCGAAGAAGUUCGGAGCAUAUGUGGCCCAACUAUCCCAAUUCUACUCGUUGGGUGUAAAGCCGACCUGCGUCCAUCUCCCAAUUCUCCUGAUAUCGGCAAUUUCGUCUCGCGUGCUGAAGCUGAACGCGUGGCAUCAAUGAUCGGUGCGCGCGCUUACAAGGAGUGCUCCGCCCUCAAGAUUGAGGGUGUGGAUGAUGUGUUCGAGGCUGCCACCCGAGCAAGCAUGCUCAUGAGAGAGGGCGUGCCUUCCUCUGCUCAUCAUAGAAGGAAGAGCAGUGGACGUAGUGGUGAAGCGUCUAACGGAGACUCGACUGGUGGAAGCUGGAAGUGUUGCGUUGUCUGCUGAUAACCUCACUUACCCGCGUUCAUUUCGGGUUCAUUGAUAGCUCUUCGGAUGGCCCGCUUCUUCCUCGGCAUCAUCAUUGAUCUAUGGACUAGCUUCAGCUUUUGCACAUACGUGA